UCUGGCUGUUUCGGGCCGCUGAGGCCCGGCUGCAGAAGUGAUGGCGGCUUUGACCGAUGUGCAGCGGCUGCAGUCCCGAGUGGAGGAGCUGGAGCGCUGGGUGUACGGGCCGGGCGGGACCCGGGGCUCCAGGAAGGUGGCUGACGGUCUGGUCAAGGUGCAGGUGGCUUUAGGGAACAUUGCCAGCAAGAGGGAGAGGGUGAAGAUUCUCUACAAAAAGAUUGAAGACCUGAUCAAAUACCUGGAUCCUGAAUACAUCGAUCGCAUUGCCAUGCCUGAUGCUUCAAAGUUGCAGUUCAUCUUAGCAGAGGAACAGUUCAUCCUUUCCCAGGUGGCACUCCUGGAACAAGUGGACGCCUUGAUGCCUAUGCUGGACAGCGCGUCUAUCAAAGCCGUUCCCGAGCAUGCUGCCCGCCUGCAGCGCUUGGCCCAGAUCCACAUCCAGCAGCAGGACCAGUGUGUGGACAUCACCGAGGAGUCCAAGGCUCUGCUGGAGGAGUAUAACAAGACUACAAUGCUUCUCUCCAAGCAGUUCGUGCAGUGGGAUGAACUGCUCUGCCAGCUCGAGGCUGCCAAGCAAGUGAAGCCAGCAGAAGAGUGACAGCGGCUGGCCAGGCCAGGCCAGGAAAGGUAGCAGCUCCAGGGUCCUGUGACAGCCAGCCUGUCUUUACGAGGCAGAGGCAGCUUUGUGUUUAUCCAACGCAAAGACGUCCCGUGUGUGCCCGACUGGGGCCCAGCGUUCAGAGACCGGAUUACCUUAGCGUCGUGGCUUGCGCGCCCCAUCUGUGUAUUUAUUCCACCGACAAUAAACCGACCCCUGAAGGAG